UUUUCUCGUAUCGCUCCACGAGUGAUCGCUGUAAGUACCAAACAAAGCAACAAUUUGUUGCCGGCUUUUAACUUUUAACACUAUAACAGUACAAUUACAGCCUGUUGUGAGUUUUCAACGAAUCCUGUGAGGAACUUUGACCCCUGGAAGCGAGAUAUAUUGAAGCACAAUGAAAUCGUCAGUGUCUGUUCUGCACGAGUUUAUGGCGCAACUCCGUCAAACUCCCAAAUUUGAGUGCAUCUCCGAGUUUGGGAAACAACACAAGCCCGUGUUCAGAUACCGCUGCACGGCCAUCAACGAGGUGGUGACGGGCACUGGUCGUACUAAGAAGGAAGCGAAGCAGCUAGUAGCUCGCCUAAUGUUGCAGCAACUUGCGCAGAAGGGGUACCUGGUGCCCGGGGAGUAUGCUACUCCCGCAUACAUGCGAGAGAUGAUGAAAAAGGCGGGGUUACCGGAGCGCAGCUAUGUGCGUCUGAACACCGAACUGUGCAAGGAUUAUAACCUAAAUGCGGUUGAGUAUGAGGUGUCUCCUGACACUGGCACACGCGACCACCCGCGCUUCACCGUAACGGCUCGCAUAGGCCUGGUGGAGCGCGUCGGUGUGGCUUCUACCAAGAAGCAGGCAUACCAGCUCGCUGCUGAGCAAAUCUACAAACAUUUGCGCACCAAGCUGGGUGUCACCGCUGCACAUUUCAAUGAGGAAGAUGCUUUGUUCCGUGCGUAUGAGAAGGGUUUGGAGCGCAAUGCUGCUCUUCAGGAGGCUCUGCAUAACUCGCGCCUGAUUCAAAUGGAGAAAGCUAGAGCUGCCGCUAAAUCAGCUGCCAAGAAGAAGCCAGUCGUGGUGAACGAGCCAAUGAUGCGCCCUGAGUCACCGCCGCAGAGCGCGUCCGACGUGGUGGCCGAGACUAUCCGCCUGGAGCUAAACCAGAUGGACGCGCCUCCACCGGAGUACUUGAACGAGACUCUGCCGGAGCCCAACGUGGCAGGGUACGCGGCCGCCAACGCUGCCGUCAUGUUCAUAGAACGCACCAUGGAAAGACUCGGACUCUAAAUGUCUCGAGAUCUCCCACUACUUAUCGACUAUUAUAUCAUUUUCUUAAUGUUUAAGCCCUAUUGUGUAGUAUUGGUAGAAUUUACUCAUUCAAGGCUGUCUAAGACUGAAUAGUUUGGAUUAAUGUAUUUGAUGGUAAUUUACCUACCUGUGUAAUGAGGAAUCAUGGUCUGGUCUUUUCCGAAGUUACUUUGCCCAUCCAACUCGCUUGAAGCUGGGCGAUUCUCGGUGAAUGAAUUGUCAUAUCUUUUCGUACCUAGUUGUAUAUUUAACUUCGCUUUCUAUCUACAUAUCAAGGCGUGAUUCUCAUUGCAGAUGAAUAGUUAAGCGGCAAAGGAAGGGUAUUUUCUGACGUGUAGGCGCAAAAUUAAUUAAGGAUGGUGGUAGGCACGAAGUGAUUUAAUUAUUUCGAGCUCCACCAAGGCAAGUGUGUGGUCGACGGCCCUAGGCUGGACCGAAGACACCACAUCAGUCUAACUUAUUGAGACAGACUUGGAAGUGGUAACUUCGUACACACGUUAACGUCGGGCUUUUAGAUAUACGAGUAUAAAUACUCAUUAAAUGUAUUUUUUUUAAGUACUUAAGUAGUGACGUAGUAUCCUCUACUGUAUUCGAUGUAAUUUUUCUGAGUGAUAUAUAAUAAAC